AAGCGCCGAGCGCGCAGCCAUGGAGGAGCUGCGUAGAGUGCCGCUAAGCGAUCCUGAUGCCCUGCUACCUGCCGGCUUCUGGGCCGCCGUGACCGUGUGGCUGGAGAGGCCACAGGUGGCCAACAAGAGGCUGUGCGGCGCCCGCAUGGAAGCCCGCGGGAGAACUUUGCGGUCCCACGCCCAGGCGGAGUGUGGACCGCGGCAGGGACAGAGACACGGGCACGGGCUGGAGAGGGAACCGGGACAGGCUUCUCCUAAAGGAGAGCCAGAGUCGGGACCUAGGGCGAGCUGCGAAGGCACCGCGCCCGCGGCUGACCUGAACUCGCUAUGGGACCGAGUCUCCCAAAGCCUCGUCCAUGCCAACCCGGAAAUGCUGGCCUUCCUCUAUGGCCCCUCGUUGGGUCCUCAGCCUGAAGCCGCGCAGGAGCUCGACCUGAUUCUCAGGACUGUCAUCCCGAAAGCGAGCUCGCACUCCCCACUCACAGAGCCGAAGAAAGAACUGGUGGUGCAAGAUGUCUCCAGUGGGAGUGUCACCUUUUUGCCCUUGGAAGAAGAUAAUGAGGGGAAUUUGGAGGUUAAAACGAGCAACGUGUAUCAACUCCAUCUCCAUCACAACGAAGGAGAAUGGUUCAUAUCUGUUUUAAUUUUCUGUCCAGAGAGAUGGCAUUCAGAUGGUGUUGUCUAUCCCAAGCCUGCCUGGCUCGGAGAAGAACUGCUGUCCAAGCUGGCCAGGUGGGCGGUGGAGAACAGGAAGAGCGAGUUUAAAAGCACACUUUCCCUGGUGUCUCUCCUGCGCUAUAGCAGGAUGUACCAGGAGCUCAAAGAGAAAUACAGAGACAUGGUAAAGGUUUGGCCUGAAGUAACAGAUCCUGAAAAGUUUGUCUAUGAAGAUGUGGCCAUUGCUACGUAUCUGCUGAUCCUAUGGGAAGAGGAAAGGGCCGAGAAGGGAGUCACCACCAAGCAGUCUUUCGUGGACUUGGGGUGUGGAAAUGGCCUUCUGGUCCACAUCUUGAGCAACGAGGGGCAUCCAGGUAGAGGGAUUGAUAUCCGAAGAAGAAAAAUCUGGGACAUGUAUGGACCCCAAACUCAGCUGGAGGAAGGUUCCAUCACUCCGAGUGACAAGACCCUGUUCCCUGGUGUUGAUUGGCUGAUUGGUAACCAUUCUGAUGAGCUUACCCCCUGGAUCCCUGUCAUUGCAGCCAGGUCUUCCUACACCUGUCGUUUCUUUGUCCUGCCCUGCUGUUUUUUCGACUUUGUGGGGCGAUACCAGCGGCAGCAGAGCAGGAAGACACAGUACCGAGAGUAUCUGGACUUUGUGCUGGAGGUGGGGCUCUCCUGUGGCUUCCACGUGCAGGAGGACUGCCUCAGGAUUCCUUCUACUAAGCGGGUCUGCCUCAUUGGGAAAUCCAGAACAUACCCGCCUUCUGCAGAGGUCUGGAUGGAUGAUCAGAGAACGCGAUACCUGCACAGCAGACAGGGCCAUCCACAGAGCCGGCCUGGAGGGGCACAUGCACCUUCUGCACCACAGACUGCGGCUCAUGAUGCUGGUCUCCAGGAGAGUCGCAGGACCGUCGAUGCUGGGUCUGAGUGCGUGCUGGAGGGCCUGGCUGCUGAGCAAGGAGCUGGAGCCCCAGCCCCAGGACUCUGGGUGCCUGGGUUCUGCCCUAGAGAAAAGGCCGAGCGUGUGAGGAAUUGUGCUGCCCUCCCUCGAGACUUCGUUGACCAAGUGGUUUUGCGGGUGGCAAACUUGUUGUUAGAUAGAAAGAAGUUCAACACAGGAAACUCUGAAGCCAGGAAUCUGAAGACCUGGAAUGGAGGAGGGAGCCUUUCCUUGGCAGAAGUGGCUGCAGAACUAAACUCAGAGACGCUGCAGCGGCUGAAGCGGGAGUGUGGAGGCCUACAGACCCUGCUCAAGAAUAGCCAUCAGGUGUUUGAAGUUCUGAAUGGGCGCGUUCACAUCCGUGACUGGCGGCGGGAGCUGCAGCGGGGAAAGCCUCCAGAAGCCAAGCGGAGCCUGUCUGCAGCAGUGUUCAAGACUCGGAUCUGCUGGUUCUUCGCCCACCAUCCUGAUGGCUGCGUACUGCCUGCUGCCCAUUGCCCCUUUGCCCAUGGGCCUGAAGAGCUGCGCCUGUCUCAGACCUUGAAGAAGCAGAGGCAGGCUCCCUGAGUCACCUCUUCAGUGUUCUCUAGCUGUUGGUUUCCCUUGCUCUGAUGACUUCAUGCUGGGGCUGGGUUGGCUUCAGUAUGACCUGUUGGUGUGCACAGCCACUGUCACUGGGAUGUAUCUGCAGGCAGUGGAGCCUGCCCAGCCCUUUAUGACUGCUCUGGUGCCAGAGCUACCAUGUCAACCUCUGCAGAUAUGACCUUCUCAUUCUUGGGGCUGUGUGCCCCAGGUGUCCUCUGCAGAGAAGCUCUCUGCAGCCUGGUCACAAGAUCCCUGCAAGCAGAGGCACGGGGCUUUCUGAAGUCAUUAGCAGAGUCCUACAGAGAACAGCUUCCAGAGUCACUCCCGGCCACCUGGUGUUCGAGGCAUGACUGUGAACAUUGUCUCCACCUGAUCCUUCUCUUUAGAACCUUCUCCCCAGGGGUAUUGGACAGUUUUUCCUUUCAGGAAAAAUUAUUUCCAUUUAAAUUUGUUUUCAGUCUUACACAAAAAGGAGCAUUCACUACAACUCAGCUGAAUGUCCUGGGACCAGUCUCAAACCCCACGGGGUAGAAGUACUUCUGAUGACUAACCUGGUGUCAUCUGAGUAGUGAGAAUAAAGUUAGAUAUUCUGAAGAGCCCAGGGCUCCAAAGCAUCCCGGAGCAGGGUGGCCAGCAUGGGUCUCAGGCCCAGCUGCUGAGAACCACAGCUUGCUCCCACCUCUUUCCUAGACACUUUAGUAGUCCCAGCUCCCAGAGCAGUGAUGACAGUCUGCCCCAGGCGGUGCUGCCACCACUCUCAGAUGGACUAUGCCUAUAAUUGCCUUUUUUCCCAUGUCCAUGGGGGCCUAGAAGCUGUGGAGCCCUUUCGCAGCCUGGCCUCCUGUCUGAGAGGCAGCGUUUGGUUUCGGGCCCUGUAGGUGCCUGGAAAUCUAAUGGUUCCCAAGAAUUUCAUGAGGCAAGGUUCCCAGAGGUGUUGGGUCUGGCUUCAGACUUUUCUGGAGACCCAUGUUAAGACAGCUAGACUGAGAGGUGGGACAGUCUUAAGUUCCCACCCAGGUCACAAAGCUGAAGCCAGAGUUGCUCUGGGAGAAGACACCACAGAAGUGCCUUCAGGAUGAGCUGGGGGCUCCCUCCCUCGCCUGCGCAGGGCAUGCAUUCAGUGAGGAUAGCUUCUAGAGCCCCUGCAUGAGUGUGCAGGCUUAGGGAAGUGCUCAUGGGGGAAGGGGUGGCCAUGCCUAUCUCUCUGCUGUAUUGCUAUUCUGUUAAACCAGGUCCUACCAUGUGAGUGAUGAGAUCAGAGGAGCAAGCGAGCUCAGAGCUGAAAGACUGUGCUAACUCACUGCCAUGAUGGCUGACUGCUGAGCACCAUCCCAGGCUUGCACCACCUGCAAACACGCUUGUUCAGGAACUGGAGCAUGGCCACCUUGUCCCAUUUAUUUGGCUUCUGAGUCUUCAAAUGUUGUGGCCCACACGGUUAGAGCUCAGGGUUGCUGGUGAGAGCUGCUGUGAGUUCCAGUGCACUUACAAGGUAAGGGCCCUGGCAGCUUCCCUGCUUUGGGCGGUGGUUUCUUUUUUCUUUUUUUUUUUUGAGAGAGAGAUGUACAUAUUUUAAUAUAUAUAAAGCUAAGGAAAGAGCAGUCCCAAUUUAAUAGAAAUAUUUAUACAAUUCAUACAGUGGGCCGAGCGAGGACAGGGAAGCGGAUGUAAACCCACACCUAGACAUGUACAAAAUAACUUACACACAGCAACCCCUUCAAAGGGGGCCCUGCUCCUGCCCAGCCCCCAGGGCCAGGGGCACUGAACAGCAGCCCCCAGGAGCCCACAGUGCGUGCUCAGAGCUAGCAGAGUGAAGGGGCACCAGUCCGAAGAAGAGAGACCUAGGGAGGCCUUGAGGCGGUUGCUGGCGGAGCGGGAGCUCAGCAGCUUGUCUACCAUGGUGAGGGCAUAACGGAGGCGGCUGGCCUUGCAGCAGCCAUACUCCUCCAGGAGGCUCAGGCGGUAUGUUUGGAAGUCCCUCUUCUCGUUGAUGUAGGUCACUGCUGCCAUCAAGGGGCACAGGAUAAGUUUGGUGUGGUCCUGGAAGAAGUUAAUCUGAACGGUGCCGUUGCUGAGGUGCAGGAUGAUGGCACUGCGCAUGCGGAACCACGUUCGUAGGUAGGGCAGCUAGGCCAGCUCGUCGCCUUCCUGAGGUGUGAUGUUGGCCCCUGCCUUCAGCAGGUGCUCACUCAUGUAAUUGUGGAAAUAGUUGAGGAGAGUGAUCUUCUUCAUCAAGGAAUUGGGAUGGGAGCUCACAGUGAGGUAGGACUCCAUGCCAUUACGCUCUAUGUACUGCAGGCUGUCCCCUUCAUUGUAGAGAAUGAGGUGUGUUGAGUCAUUAAAAAGCACCCCCACACUGUUGCCACACAGCUGAUACCCAAGGCCAUACUUAUCCGAAUAGUCUACCCACUUGCUGACCCAGAAGAUGGGGGUGCAGGCAGGAUCCUCAGCUUCCUCUUGCCGCACCACCCCGCACUUCGAGGGCUUGGAGGCGUUGACACUGGUCAGCUGCUGUAGCAAGUCACUAAGGUGGCACUCAAUGGCCUCAUCUGUCUCCUGGACCACUGGUUCUUCUUUCUCCCGGGGACGGUCAGGCAGGGGGUUCUCCAUGCCUUUAUUGAGGACUUUGAGAGGCUUCCUGCUGCUGGGGUCCAGGCUGCUGGGAGCGAUUGAAAACCUUGUUGGGAUAGUGAGGCAGGUAAUAGGGAGACGGGUGGGGAUGUAGCCCAAAGUGAAGAACUCGUCACUGAGCAACUCGUGAAUGGUGGGGCAGGCAGUGGGGUCUGUCUGAAGCAUCUUCUGGACGAGGGAGGCGGCCACUGGGUUGAUGUGCUCGGGAAUACUGUAUUCAUUUUUCUUGAUCUGGAGGUAGGUCUCUUUUAGGCACGAGGUCUCAAAGGGUGGCUUGCCCACUAGCAAGGUAUACAUGAUGUACCCGAUGGACCACAUAUCCACCUCAAAACUGUGUCCCUUCUUGCUCAGCACCUCAGGAGCUAUGUAGUUAGGAGUGCCACACAAGGUCUUCUUUCGUUCCUCUUCAUAUUCCAUUUUGGUCGCCAGGCCAAAAUCCCCUAUUUCACCUCCAGAUCCUCAUUCAGGAAGAGGUUGCCCAGCUUGAGGUCCCUGUGAAUGACCUGAUUGCGGUGCAGGUACUGGCAGCCCAGGACUAUCUUUCGCAGUAGUAGCGGGCAUCAGGCUCAGUCAGUGCCUUCCUCCUCUUGUGCAGCUCCAGGAGGGACCUCCUGCGACAGAGCUUCAAAACUACAAACACAAAGUUGCUGUCCUUGAAAAAGUCAUGGAAGCCUAUGACAUGUUGGUGGGCGAGGCUGCGGUGAAUUGAGAUCUCCAUAAACAUCUUCUCCUUCUGGUGGGGCUUAAGCAGCAAAGACUUAGGCACAAUCUUGCCUGCGAAUACCACUUUUGUGUCUGUGUCUGAGAUCUCAAAGCAUUUGGCGAAGCCUCCUUUACCCAGAAAGCGCCCCUGUACAUACUGCCACCGGCUGCAUGGGUCCAAUAGGACCUCUUGGAGUUUCUUUCACCAGUGGGGCGGCCACUGGGGCACCGGGAGCUACAUCUCCUGGGGCCCCAACUUUCCCGAGGUCGGCAGGUGCUCGAGCCAGUUUUCCAGCUUUGGCUGCUGCAUUCAUGAUGCCGAAGUUGCUCCACGAACCUGGCUGAGUUGAUGGAGAGUGUCCUCGGGCGAUGCUUUCUUUUCCUUUGAUAUGCAGCAAAUGGCAGUGGACCUGGGGGCUCAGAGCACAACGGUAGGACAAGCAUAAUUUUGCUGGGCCUUUAUGCCCAGACUUCUCCUGGCUGCUUCAAGGUAUAGCCUAGGGCUGAUGUCUCAGCAGAGACUAGAUUGAGAAAGGAGCUGUGCCCAUGCUCUUGUGACUCUUCCCACAGGCCAGUUGGCACCUGUGCCACAUCACACAGGUACCCUGUCACUUCUGCUGAUUUCUGAUGGGAAGCAGGCCACGGCCCCUGCCCACACUCAGAACAGGCUGGUCAAACAAAUCAUAUAAGCACCAAUGAGUGAGAAUUGCGGCCCCUUGUUGCCAGCCACACCCAUGUCCAGACUUGCCUCCCAAGCAGCAUGGCCAACUGUCAGACACAAGCUUUGGGGGACACUGCACAUUCACAGUCUCCUGACCUUACUCCCAAGUGAGUGAGUCCUGACCUCCCCAAAGCUCACAUGCCAGAACUACAGUCAGCCUGGUUUGGAAAUAGAGCCUUCACAAGUAUGGACUGUGUGGGGAGAGGGUACACAUCUUAGUGAAGUGACAGUGUCCCUGGGGAUGAAUACAUACAGACACAGGAAGAAGUCACCAGACCUGGGGCAGAGGAGAGUGAUGCCCACAGACAGGUAUCCUGAGAGCCCAGUAAGAACUGGAGGAGCAGGGAGAGCACCCUAGAGCCUGAGACAGAGCCCCGGAAGUCCCUUGGUUUCAGACACUGGCUGGCUUUAAGCUGGCACAGAUAGGUCUUAUGGGGCAGGACACCAUCUGCUGAGACUGAGUAGGAGACCAGAGGUCAUUCUAGCAUCAAGGACUAUGGCCUCAGAGAUAUCCAAUAAAAAGGCCCUGUUUAGCCAACAGUGCACCUGGGUCUUAGGCUCAGAUUCUUUGGACCUUAGAGGAAAUAGGGAAACCUGAUCUUGCCAUUCCAGACUUAAUUCUGAGCCACCUGGAUGGCCCAAAAGAUGGUCUCAGCUACCCUUCUACCUGAUGACAACUUGGGAGACACAGAUGGCAAGUCCUUUGCUUAAGGCCACACUGUAACCUAUAUCACUAGAGCUGGUGGGCUGAUAUGCCCUGACACUCAAGUGAAUCACAACCUGCCUGAGGCUACAGGUACAGUGGGUUGUAAAGCUCUCUCAGCAUCCCCAGCACCACUGCAGGCACUGGGUACAGAGGUGGCUUCAUCAACAGGGAUGAAAUGGGCUCCUCAGAACCUUCUGACUUCCCGUUAGCUAGUACCCUGGCUAGGACAGCUACAACCAAAGUACAAGCCAGAGCUAUUGCCCCACCAGGCAGGAGCAAGAUGUGUUCAGAGCACACACUGAGCCAACUUGAAUUCUGGGCUCUGCCAGAUCCCAGGGUCCUGGCCAGUCCCUUCUACUCCCUCAGCCAGGGCAGUUCUGCCAAAGUGCUGAGUGUGCACUUCUGCCACGUGAGCAGAGAGGGGGGAGGGGGAGGGUUGCAGGCCUGGCUUCUGGCCUCCAACAGAGAGGCUCCAAUGGGCCCACGUCUGCAGACCUCAAGCCAGUUUUUGAAUGAGUGGAGCAGUUGGAGCUCCAAAUGGAGAAGCUGCUAGCCUGGUUGGAUAGUGCCUGUUUACUGGCCCAGCCCACUGAGGCUCCCUGUAGAGGGCAGCUGGGAAGAACUGCAACAUUUGCUGGCCUGGGAUGGAGCUUCCACAGUAUGGCCCAUAUGGCAGCCGGUCAAGGAAUCAGCCUGUGACCCAGCAGAACUAUCGACCUGCGACACACCAGCUUCUUGCCUAGCCUGCAGGACCAGCAGUCACCCUGGUGAUACUUGGUGAGCCUGUAAGGAACCAGAGACAAGCUGCACCUUCCAUGAGUGAGGCUGGCUUCCACAAUGCACUAUGGCCUUCCUACCUGAGCCCUUUCAAGUCCCUAACCAACCAGGCAGCAUCUCCAUUGAGCAGGGAACAAAAUAAAGGCCAUCUGCUUGGUUCUCUAGAAAUCCAGGUCAUGUGGCAGUGAUUUGUUCUGCUUUGGGCCACUCCAGAGCAAACAAGGCAAAGCCCAAGAAGGAGGGGUGUGAGGGGUGGAGUCUCCAGAGAGCCACCCAGAGCCUUAUACUGAGUAAUGAAGCCAUUUCCUCCCCUCCUUUCUAUUCCCUCCCUCUCUCCUACAUACAGAGUUGGAUGGGUACUAGACCCAAUCACAGUCCAAAGGCUGUUCUCUAGGAAUAGGACUGGGAUCAGGUUUGUGUCCACAGAAAGGCUUAACUGGUGACUGAGUUAUGGCUUCAUAACUCAGCAUAACUAGGAGGAAGUGCAGCUCCUGGUUGGGAGAACUGCAGCCAAGACAGGACAUGGAGCAGACCUGACUGGCAGGAACCUCUAAGAAUCUAAGCUGGGGUUGCCAGCCUAGUUUUUCCAUUCCCAGGGGUGGGGAGGUUGAGGCUGUGCCCCAGGCUGAAGCAAAUCUCCAGCUGCAGGGAAGGGAGACAGGCUGGCUGCCUCUCUGGAUUGUCUGAGGAGAGCUCACAGGUUUCCUUCAGUAUUUCUAACUGUGCUGGAUAGUUCUAUGUCAACACAAGCUAGAGUUACCUCAAUUGAGAAAACGCCUCCAUAAGAUCUGGCAGUAAGGCAUUUUCCUGAUUGGGGAGCAUCCAGCCCAUUGUGAGUGAUGCUCUCUGGGCUGGUGGUCCUGGGUGCUAUAAGCAGGCUGAGCAAGCCAGGGGAGCAAGCUAGUAAGCAGCACCCUCCAUGACCUCUGCAUCAGCUCCUGCUUCCAGAUUGCUGCCCUGCUUGAAUUCCUGCCUUGACUUCUCUCAGUGAUAGACUCUCACCUGAAAAUGUAAACUGAAAUAAACCUUUUUCCUCCCCAAUUUGCCUGUGGUUUCAUCACAACAGAAACUGUAAGACAAGUUGGUACCAGGAAAUAGUGUAGUAUUGCUGUGACAGCCCUGACUGUUGUUUUAGGGAAAUAAUGGAAACCCAUUGGAACCUUGAGCUAGAAAAGCCAUUGAGUGGUGAGUGCUCAUGUGAUGUUCUGUAAGAGCUUGGGAGACAAUGUUGAAAGCAGUGCAGACAAUGGAGACCUGGCUUGUGAAGUUUCAUAGGAAAAUAAAGACUCCUCCAGGCUAUUUGUGUGAAGACUGUGGUGUUUCAUAAGCUGGAGCUGAAGAAUCUGUGGUGUUCAACAAGAGACUGGCACCAUUGAAAUGAAACCUUUGUGUUACUGGGACAAUUGACAGUGGUUAUUUGGAGCUGAGAAAUUAGCAGUGAUUAAGACAAGACUAGGAUCGUUGAGAUGAAAUCUUCUGGAAAGUCUCUUUAGAGUCAAUACACAGAAUCUGCAAUCCAGAGGCAGCCACUGUUACACCUCACACUAGCUGCCAAACUUGAUAGUGUAAGAGUCCCCCAAAUGAUAUUAGUUUUGAAGGCAUGCAGGAGUCAUGGAGAGCAGCUGGGCUUGACACUGUGUGGCUGGGUUGGAGUCCAGGAGAGCCAGUUGAUAGCAACUACCCCAGCAGUUUUGGAGAUGCCAGUACCAUGGGAUGACCACCAAGAACAGCAGCCACAGAGAACUGGAACCCACCAGAGCCCAGAAGACAAACUGUUGCAAAGGGCAGAGCCAGAGAAGUGACCUUUCAAGUCCUUUUGGGGAAUCCAGAUCUUGAGUGAAUCCCAGACAUUGGGCAUUGAGUUAUUUAUACUACUGGAGUUUGGCUUUGAUUUGAUU